UGCGCCACUGACAAUGAUGCCAUCUUCGCCAUCGGUGGUGCUCGGUCACGGACUCGUCAACAACGUAUCAGCCGGGAAAGUUCAUGAUACUAUAUAUAUAGCCACUUUCUGCCCUCAGUAUCGACACAGAGACAAGAUGCAGCCCCAUAGCCUCCCCCUCCUCAUUCUCAUCAUUGUCCUCUUGACGACCCGUCAGGCCUUCUCGCAGCCUCUCGUCGAGAGCAAGUGCGCAUCGCCCCAGGCGAGCAACAGUGCGCUGCACAAGCGAGGUGCUUGCCUUUCCUCCAAGAACAAAGAAGCACUUGCGCUAAAGAAAAGGCCCAAACUCAUCAUCCCUCAGAAACAUCUGAUUCUAGCCUGGUUGGACCUCAACAUCCCUCAGGAACAUCUGGUCCCAGCCUGGUCGGACCUCAGCAUUCCUCAGAAACAUCUGGUUCCGGCCUGGUCAGACCUCAAGACGGCGAAAGGCAACUGCGCGGACGUCAGGAACGUACCCAUCAAGGACGCGAACGUCGACGACGUGAACAUCAACGACGUGAACAUCAACGACACGAACAUCAACGACGCGAACAUCAAAGACACGAGCAUCAAGGACGCGAGCGUCAAGUGCGCGAACGUCAAGAACGUCGACGUCAAGGACGCGGACAUGGAGGACAUGAUCAUCAAGCGAAUGAAGCUCAAGGAUACGAAACCAAUCAUUCUGGAAGCUCGAGCGACAUGUCUACAAGCCCCCCUAUGCCUUCUCAGGAAUUGA